UAAGGUGGAAGAAGAAGAAGAAGCAUUGUUGACAUCCUUCAUUCCGAAGGGUGCUCCGAAUGUGGACCAUGCAUCAAGUUCUUUGUGCUGCUGCUCUGGCUUCGUUUCUUGCCGUUCACGCGGAGUUGCUGCUGGGGUCGAGUUCGCCACCGGAUCGCACGAGAACGGAAUCUGAAAAAAGUCCUCACUCAAUUACACCAAUAGGUGCGGACAUCACAGCGGAUGAUUUUGGACAGAAUGGCACGAACAACGGGAUGUCUGAGAUGGGCAUGCCGUGCAUCAGACACAGCGAUUGCAUGCCUGGACUCGGGUUGUCAUGUCACAAGGCCACGGGUGAAUGCGAUUGUGCUUCUACGAACCCUAUAAAGCUUGACGAUGGAGAGAGAAUGUACUGCGUUUCUGCACGACUCCUGCAAGACCCCUGCUCUAAAGACCUCGAGUGCUCCUACAGGACACCCGGUGCCAAGUGUGUCAACUUCCGUUGUGACUGCCCGCCGACCUAUUACUUGUACGACAACCAGCGAUGCGAGUCCUAUAUUCCAGCAGUUCUGUCAAAUCAUAGUGUACUGACCAUCACCAUCGGCCUGAUAAUGUCACUUGUGGUUCUUGGCAUCAUUCUGUCAUAUCAAAGAGUUCGGAGCUCCAAACCGAGGGAUGCAGAAUCUGAAGCCAAACCAGGAAUGUCCCUGGAAGAUGACACAAGGUACCAGGAUUUUCUUGAACACCUUCGCAGUGAUCCAGCUGCCGGAGCAGGAAUUGGUCCAGCGCCGAGGCCGUUUAGUUAUAGCACAAUGGACCACGCCAAACCCCAAAUUGGCACUGAAGUAUAUCCAGCUGCAUACCAGCGCAAUCCGCCGCACUGCCUCCCCUGCCGCGACAGCCCCAGAGGCAGCGAUUGUUCCGGUCGACGUAGUUUAAGGAGGAAGUCCUGCCCUUCUUGGGAGAAAACUGUGUGGGAACAAGGUGUCCUGGCGCUCCGUAAGGUCUGCGCUUCAGAUUCACAACAUAUGGUGCCGCCUCGAGAUGUUUUGCUGAUCCGCGCGGAUCCACAGCUUGCAGCUGCCUCUUCUUUAUCCCCUGCGGAAUGGAGUCGAUGGGGGCGGCAACAGCAGACGACGUCAACUGGUGCCCGCUACGAGUUCACAACCCUUGAAGGCGAGAAAAAUCCGAGAGCAGGCGCAGACUUGCUAUUCAGGCCAACAAGCUCCGUCGCGUCUGAUGCAGAAGUUGUCGUCGCCGCAAUGAAUAAUGAUUGCCCAACAUGUCCGCGCAAACAGAGCGACACUGCUCAAAGUAGAAAUAGGAAGCAAGUUAUAAAUUGCGCUUCUGAGGCACACGGCAGAGAAGGUGAACUGCAAUCUGAACAGGAGCCGGCGCAGCAGGCGGGGUUGCACUAUUGCGGACCUCGUGUGGAAGUACCGUCUAGCUCGAUCGCAGUGAAUGAAAUGAAGGGGGUCGGAAAAGACAAUUCACAACGGUGCCAUAUGGACGCAGGUGGCACGGCACCAUCACUGGUGACAAGAAUGAAGGAAGCAUUGGAAAAGAGGAUCGAGACGCUCAACAGGAAGCAAGGCCAUCCACUAUCUCAAUUUCGGAGCAAGAAUGGGAAAUGUGUGACAGACAAGACUGACGUUACUAACGACACCACAGAGCAGCCUCAAGGUACGUGUCGUCCGGCGCCUGGAAGUGUUCCAGUAAGGUCUCUUCCCUCCAUUCCAGUAAGAAAGGUUGAUGAAGUGGGCAAUGCUGCUCCCUUGCAGCGUCAUGCACUGUGUUCUCAAUCUACGGCCAAGAAAGCGUCUCAGGAGAAAGAGGUAGCGAAAAAUGGGGAAAAUAAUGUAGGAUCGCGUUCAACGAAGUCAUGCGCGCCUCGUUCUGACGUCCCGAAGAAAGCGAUAUCGUUCGCUCCAUGCGGCAAAGCUGAGGGCCUCGCGCAAUCGCCCCGUGGAAAAGUUAAUCCCGUGCCACUUGGGACAAGCAAACAUGUGACUAUCUCUUUGGGACACGAAGCUCAACAAGGGACACGUGAGGCAAGCUUGCAUAAAGUACGACUACGUCCGUCCUUAAGAUCGAGGAGUCCCCCACCAGAGCCGCAACCUCGCAAGCCCACAAUGGGUAAGGACGUAAGUGAAGGUGAAAGGCAAGCAGGUUCAAGGCCACGCACAUAUGCCUCAGAAGAAGGCGUCAUCGAAUCGGCUAAGACUGGUUCGCUCCAAAAACCUCCAGAAACCCUUUGGCAGGAGCUUGUCCGGGCUGACCUCAAAUUGCCUUUAGACUCACGCACCGCCGCCAAUUUUAUUGGCCCUGCCAUCCAUCGUAACGCGCAAGAUUUUGACAUCGAAUUUCCAUUUAGCUCUUUGAGCCAUAGCGUUCACAGCAGUAGCAGCAUCGUUCUUCCGUCAUUACUCAAGAAGCAAAAUAACAAACAAUCGGCUUUCCUUGAAAAAAAUAACCUGCAAUCCCCAUUGCCCCCAGCGUUAAGCUCAAACCCCUGCAAAGGGCAAAGCUUGUUGGACGAACUUAUUACCGCAGCUCAGAGCAAGUUGGCACCAAUUCCUCCAGGAGCCCCUCACGGCACAUCGCGUUCCGUUUAUGCACCAAUAGCGGAACAGGACCUUCACACCGACGAAGAUGAACCUGCUCCGAGACGUCUCAAUCAAGGGGGCCGUCCAGCAGGCCCCGUGCGGUUCACUUGCAGCGAACUAUCAGCGAGGUCUCCGCGCAGGAUCACGUCGGAGCUUCGAGAGGGUGAUAAGGUUGACGAGGCCGCGAGGCGACACUCGGACACAUCGAUGGUAGUGCCAGAUGAAGCGUCGCAGGAAGAGCGGGGCCCGUCACCAACAGUGCAAUCUGGCACGCCUCGCAUUGAACCAUCUGGGCCGUUCGAGCUCCCCACAAAAACGCUUCAAAUGGCUCGUGUGUGGGAGCAGCGUCACGUGGCUUCCAGCACGACAAGCGGGGAACCAAAGUCGUCACCCCACCCUAUAAAAUUUCAAGACGUUACUCUGCGCAACAUGGAAUGGAGAAGGCUUCGAAAUGCAAUCGGCUUUGAGUAUGAACCCGGUGAACAACAAAGCACGGGGCAAACAACCACAAUGAUGAUGAUGGAGACAUGCAACAGAAGUUCAGCCAAAUCAGGUCAAUGGGGCAAGCUGCCACGCGAGUUUAAGUCCGCGAAACUUAUUUCUGGCAGUGCCGCUAAUGCACGUCGAGAAGAGGUGGAGUAUCCACGUAAUAGCACGACGGUGUCGCGUUCGUGCGGCGCUCAAUCGCGCACGUCAGGCUUGAGAGGUGUGACGUUCCACGGCUCCGCGUCGACCUCGAAUACUUCCCGAAGUAGGUACGCAUCCGGAAGUUGCGCACGAUCGUCCGUGUCUGAACGGCGGCAUCGACCUCAUAGAGCCUAUUUGACGACCAAGAAUCGACUGAAGCAGGGGUCCGUCGGCUAUCCCCAUUACAGGUCAAGUGACCAGCUAUGGCCUUGGGCAAUCAGAACGAAAAGUAAUGCUUCGGUGGCCACGUGCCGAAGCGGGCUCCUUGACCCCAUCCGAUUAAGGAAGACGCGCUCAGCCAUUCCAAAGAGGAAGAAUGUUAGUUUGCGGCACUGGAAAAGUGGGCUUGUGACUACCGUCCGCGAUGCUUCUUAAAUUUCUGCAUCAUAUUUCACCUUCGCUAUCGUACUCAGCAUGUUCGGUCGGUAAGCGCUGUAAUCUCAGGCACAGAUCGCCGAGCAGGGAUCGCAUGCAGGAACAUGUAAAUAAAUGUGACAUUGUCAAAGCCUUAACGAAUUGUUUUUCUU